AACACAAAUUUCAACCAUUAAUUUUCAAAACCCACUUAAAUUCGUCGCCUAAUUCUUCAUUACUCAAGACAAAUUCAACUUUAAACAUUAUUUAUAUGAACUUGCGGAGAAUCACUUGGACGUUUGGCUGAAUCGAAGUCCACCAUUGCAAUUUCAAUCCAUUUUUUUAAAGCUUUCCUCUACUUUUACCCGUAACCCUUUUUCUCUCUCUCUCUCUCUCUUGCUCGAUUAAGUGUGUCUUGUAGUGGGUUUGGAUUAAUCGGAUUGGGAAGAAGAAGCACUUUAAUCACGGAUGAGAAGAAGGGGGUGUUGUUUUAGUGUUGUUCUUAAUGCUCUGAUAAUUCUAGAGCACAGUUUUCGUUUCAUUUGUGUUUGUUUUUCCCAUUGCUUUUACAGUACAAUUUGUGGGUCUUCUUCGUUUGUUUUUCGGAACUGUUCGGCUCUCGAGCUGUUACUCGUAGUACCCAUGUCGCUAAUUCUUAAAUUCUCUGAUUCUUUCUGAUUUCUCUCAUUUUGAGCGGUUGAGUGCGGUGAAAAAAGGAAGAGAUCUGAUGAAAACUGCUGAAAUUUCCUCUGCGAUUGCGACUCUGAUGGGGUUUCGAUCGCUGUUUCUGCUUUUUGGGAUUUGUUUUGCUGUUCGUUCUUGCUCUGUCUGUGAAUCUUCAGUUAUCGUCCCGAACAGGCGAAGCCAAGCGCGUUCUUCGCUCACAGGUGACAUCAAAAUUAUCGUCCCGAACGGUCGAAGCGAAGUGCGUUCUUCGCUCACAGCGACUCGAUUAGAUGAUUCGAGUAGAGCUCCUAGCAUUGCACUUCCACCUACCGUACCUGCUAAGAAAUGGGGGCACGGUCAUGAAUUUCGCCAUUCAAGAAGGAAGUUUAGAAACAAUGCUCCACGGCGUGGUUAUCGCGCAUCGACUCCGGAGAAUGGCCAGCAAGGCCGUGCUGCUGUCUCUCCAAUUCAAUCACCAUUACCAUCUGCAACGAGAGGAAGGUCGCCGAGACCUGCGCCAUCGCCAAUGAUUCCACCGAACCACUAUUAUAUGCCCAUUCCUGCUCCUACAAUUUCUCCUAUGGGUUCUUACAAGAAGAGGAAGAAGAGCAUGCCACCAUCACAAGUUAUGAUGCUACCACCCCCACCUCCUAAUGGGGAUUGUGUGAUAUCAUGUACCGAGCCACUGACCUAUACACCUCCCGGGACGUUGUGUGGUUGCGUGUGGCCAAUUCAAGUCAAAAUCAGUCUUGAUGUUGCAAUAUACACGUUUUUCCCUCUGGUUUCGGAGCUGGCAGAGGAAAUUGCAGACAGUAUUGGUCUGAACCAUAGCCAAGUUCGAAUUAUGGGAGCUGAUGCUGCUAGUCAGCAGUUAGAAAAAACGACUGUCCUCAUCAACUUGGUUCCGAGAGGACCGAAAUUCAAUGAUACCAUGGCCUUUUCGAUAUAUCAGAAGUUUUGGCACAGAAAAAUAUCCAUUAACGCUUCGUUAUUUGGUCGAUAUCAAGUCCUGAAUGUCAAAUAUCCAGGUCUUCCGCCAUCUCCUCCGUUACCUCCUUCAGGUACUUCAUCCAUUAACGAUGGCUUGAACACGAGCAAUACUAAUAUUGGAAAUGCUAUAAAACCUUUGGGAGUCGACGUGCCAAGAAGAAGGAAAGAAGGGCUUAGCGGAAACAUGAUCGCCGUGAUUACUAUAUCGUCGUUCACUGCCUUUGUUAUGUGUGUUGGACUUGCUUGGCUUUGCCUGUUGAGAUGCAGAGUGUUUGCACAUCAGGCAGCACAAGCUCCACAAAACUUGAUAGCCUCACCUACAAAACCAUCAGGCCCUGCUGGAUUAAUGAUGGCUGGAACUGAACCUGGUUCUUCAUCCCUGCCUCUCGAUGCCGAUCCUAUGAUGUAUAUAGGAGCUGCAAAGAACUUCACCUUGAAAGAUAUGAAGAAAGCUACCGACAACUUCGACGUUGCAAGAAUAUUAGGAGAAGGUGGCUUUGGAAUUGUUUACAGUGGCAGUUUGGAUGAUGGAAGGGAAGUGGCUGUGAAGGUUCUCAAACGACAUAAUCAACACGGUAUUCGGGAAUUCUUGGCCGAAGUCGAGAUGCUGAGCCGUCUACACCAUAGAAAUCUAGUUAAAUUGAUUGGUAUCUGUACAGAAGAUCAGAUUCGCUGCCUUGUUUAUGAAUUGGUUCCGAAUGGAAGCGUCGAAUCGCAUUUACAUGGCAUUGACAAGUUAACUGGCCCUCUUGACUGGGAUGCUCGGAUGAAGAUUGCCCUCGGUGCUGCUCGUGGCCUAGCUUAUUUGCACGAAGACUCUAAUCCUCGAGUUAUUCAUCGAGAUUUCAAAGCUAGCAACAUCUUGUUGGAAUAUGACUUUACAGCUAAAGUUUCAGAUUUUGGAUUAGCUAGAACUGCACUAGAGGAAGGAAACAAGCACAUCUCAACCCAUGUGAUGGGAACUUUUGGUUAUCUAGCUCCGGAGUAUGCAAUGACGGGCCACCUUCUUGUAAAGAGCGAUGUCUACAGCUAUGGUGUUGUCCUUCUCGAGCUACUUACGGGAAGAAAACCAGUUGACUUGUUGCUUCCACCGGGGCAAGAAAAUCUUGUUGCUUGGGCUCGACCGCUUCUAACGAGCAAGGAGGGGUUAGAUGUAAUUACAGACCCAGCUAUUAAGUCUGAUAUCUCUAUUGAUAGCUUGGCCAGAGUAGCUGCAAUUGCUUCUAUGUGUGUGCAACCUGAAGUGUCUCACAGACCAUUUAUGGGCGAGGUUGUUCAAGCUCUAAAGCUUGUUUGCAAUGAGUUCGAAGAGACAAAUGAGGCAGGUUCACGAAGUUACAGCCGAGACGAACUUCUAAGUUACAUGGAUAGUAAAUUUGGAGGAAUUUCAGGGGAAAUACUAAACGCUACCGACACCUUGCACCCGUUUCCUUCAGAAAAAGAGACGAAUGUAGGACUAUCGGCAUCGGAUUUAAUCAGCGCAUCUGCAAGAUUUGAAGGACAGGAAUUAGUUUCCUUGAGAUGGCAUACAUCAAACUCAGAACCCUUGAAAAUGGGAAGGAAGAGGCAGUUCUGGCAGAAACUAAGAAGUUUAUCACGAGGCAGCAUCAGUGAACAUGGCUUUUCUUCUAAAUUUUGGCCUGGAUUUCGUUAGUUUAUGUUUAUUCAUCUCUUGCAACGCAACAUCUUGAAGUUCAAAUCAAUUGCAUUUCUUAGGCCUUUAAUAUUGUGGCCAUCUUUCUAGGU